UCUUCAGUGUCGACCAUGUCGAGUCUGUGACAUGUAACUUAAGAUAAAUUAGUAUGUAGUACUUCCUUUCUCGAGAAAUUUUCAGCGUUUAAAUGGCACUUCCUCGUGUAAAAAGUAGUGAUAGUUUGUGUGAUGGUGGAGUCCCCCGUAGGAAGAGCAGUGACAACCUACUGGACACAGCCGAUGACCUUGUCGAUAGACUGGAUGGACUAGCUGACAUCUUAGCAGAAAUUGAAGAUACUUUCCAAAAGGAUGACGAAGAUGAUAAUGAUACAAAAAGGCCAAAUAUUUUCAGACGACUGAAAGAUGGUUUAGAUUCGGCAAGAUCAUUAAUUGCUUGUCUUAAACGUGAAAAGUGGAGAGUAAAUCGACGAAAAAUGAGUGUCGACAUGAGAAUGGGAGAGCUAGAGGACUAUAAAAUGCAUCUUAAACAGGACAUGACAUCUUUGAACACGACAGUGGAUGAUUUGGCACUACGUUUGAUCCAAUCAGAAAAUGACAACUGUGAUGCACAGGAAACUCUAGAAGAAUUGGAAUUAGCUAAAGCAGAAGUUGAAGACGAGUUGGUGAAUGCAAACAAACAAAUAGAAAAACUAAACGAAGAAAAAGAUGAUCUGGUGACAGAAAUUCAGUCAUUGAGGAGAAUACGAAGUGAUUCUUCUGUAAGGAGAGAAAAUGAAGAACUGCGCUCAGAAAUAGAAGUUUUACAAGAAGAAAGACACCACUUAAAAGUCAUUAUCAGGGAAAUGGAAGAUUUCAAAACAGAAAAUAACAGUCAAGAUGGCGGAUCGGACGUAAUAGCCGUAACGGACGUUAAUCUGAAUGCUCUUAAACUUAAAACGAAUUCAAAGGAUGUAAAUUCUAACCCUGAAAAUAGCAAGAAGGUGGACGAAAGUGUACAUUUUGUUUGAUUAUUAUUAUUUGGUUAUGGUACUACAAGCUAAAUGACAUAUGAUAGUGUAAAAUAUUUGGAUGAACUGGACUAUUUUCCGCUUUGAUUUGUAUCAUUUGGAGAAAGGACAUUAAUGCAAGCCUUUAUAAGGUGUGAUUUAUGAAUUGAUGUUCUUUCUCUUUAGUGUGCAUCGCAUACAAAAACAGGUCGCACGUUGGUAGACCAAUACGGAUGAGCGACAGUGUAGUUUUAAUUAUUGACAACACGAGUAGUAUUAUCUGCUUAACCCUUCUGUAUAUAGAUAAAACACUUUCAGAGUGACUAUGGAUUAAUGCCAGUGUUUGAAAAAUGGUUUAAUUCUAGUUAUGAUUUAUUUAAAUAUCUUUGAAUGCAAAAGUUUGUUACUCCAUGAACGAAGUGAUAAAGGGCGUAGAACUUUGUUUUCAAUCGACACAACUGGGACUUUUAUACUAUAUUAGUAAAAUAGUCCCAGUCAACAAGUUGUUGAAAUUUUAAGGAAGUUACUAUCUUAUCAUAAAAUUACAUGUAAUUAUUUCAAAGUGUUUUCAGUUAAGUAUACAAUAUUAACAGCCAAUCAAUAUAGCCUAUUGUGAAACAGUUGAGAGUAAAUUAUUUAACGUCAUGGUAGUCGGACGUAAUUAAAAGAACCGUUUUACAGCUUAAACACAAGAGAACAAUGAAUAGAAUGCAGUAAACUUUUUGUAUAUUUGUUCAUGACAUUGAGUGUUCAGUAUGACCUUAAUCAUUUGUUUUCUUCGAUAUUUAAUUUAUGUCACACGUUUUCAAAAUAAAGUUUAUAAUAUGCAAGCGCAGUAAAUGCAA